AUGACGCUCAUACCAGCAGACGAUACCGCCCCGAAGCAUCUGGUCCUUGUGCCAGUCGCCAUGUGGGGCCACAUUCGUCCUCUCCUCCAUCUCGUCGUCAACCUCCUCACCCUCCACCCAAACCUCCACACCACCUUCCUACUCACCCCCUCCAUCGCCCCGCGUCUCGAGAAAGAUCUCGAGCACCUCACGAGCCAUCUCGGAAAGCAGUCUGUCGUCGACAUCUCAACUGGCUCCAAGCCCAUCGCCGAAAGGCUGCAGACCAUUACAUGUGCGCAUAAAGGGUUUGAUCCCACCAAAGAGUUUACGCCCGAUGACUUGAAGAAGGAGGGUGUGGAUUUCGCCAGUGUGCUGCCGGGCAUCAUCAGUGGCUUGUACGACGGCAAGCACAACAUUGGAGGAACCUUGAACAAGUUCGAGGGCUUGCCUCCCACCUUGUUCCUAUUCGAUAUGUUCCAAACCUUGGUUCCAGAACUCAUGGUCAACACUCUUGGUCCUCUCAACAUCCCUGUCCCUCCUCUGGUCAUGUUCUGCCCUUGCUCUCCUGCCCACGUAUGGCAUUCGUUCAGCCCCGAAGAACGAGGAGGUACCUUUGGCAGAAUGCUGCGUUUGGCGGAGGAAGAUAUUGCAAAGGGCGUAAACUCCAUUGAGGCGUUCGAGAGGUAUGGGUUCAAGGGCACUGGACAAGUGGCUGCCCUUCCAGGUCUGCCUGUCAAGUAUGACUACGAAUGGUGGCCGCAUGGUGAUACAGUCGAGCUUGGUGGCCAGGUCCUUGCAGCUGUCUUGCCCGCAUAUAGGGCCUUCCUGCACAAAAACACAGUCGGUAUAACCAUGGCAUUCACUGGAGAAUUGGAGCCAGAGGCAGUAGCCGCCUUGGAGUCGGAGCUCGGCAAGACCAUCUUUACCGUCGGCCCUCAGUUCCCGGAAGAGAUGUGGGAAGGGGACUUCUCCGUUAAAGCAGACAGCGAUGACGACCGGAGGGUUGUCGCUUUCCUUGACCGCAUGCAAGAGAAGCAUGGCUCAAGGAGCGUAUGCUACGUCAGCUUCGGGUCCCUCUUCUUCCCUCUCUUGCGCCCCGAACUCAUCUGCUAUAUCCUCCAGACAUUACAGGAAUCCGGCAUUCCCUUUGUCUUUGCCUACGCUUCCGGCGUCGCACCUGUACCUCCCGAGCUCAUUGAAGAAUUCGUCGGGCUGGAAGACGCUUGCUUGGUCAAGUUUGCGCCUCAGUGGGCCGUUUUAAAACACGCCGCCACCGGGUUCUUUGUUACUCACUGUGGCAGCAACAGUACCCACGAAACCAUCUUGGCCGAGGUCCCAAUCGUCUCCUUGCCCUUCGUUGCAGACCAAGGCGAGAUCGCAGCCCUUCUCACCGAAGUUCUCCAUGUCGGCAUCGACCUCAAGCAGACCAAGACUUUCACCAAUCCCCCGUUCAAUAAGCUCUACGACGGUACCGUCAUUGUGGGCACUGAAGCGGCGAUCAAGGACGAGAUGAGGACCGUCUGGGGGAGGAUGAAGGGGAAAGAAGGGGAGGAGAUGAGGAAGAGGAUGGGCGAGGUCAAGAAGACGUUGAGGGAGAGUAUCACGAAUGGAAGGGGAAAGCGGGAUAUGAUGAAGUUGGGCCUGUGUCGUUGGCUCCUCGACUCGUCGCAUGUCGUGGAUUCGAUUUUGUAG